CGAUUAUUGUCAUGUGGAGCUUCCUUCAAAAACACACUGGAAACUUCUUCAGCUCCAGCAAGAUUAUUAACAAGAUCAGUGGGAACAGCAGGUCAGUGAGAAGCAACCCUAGCUACAAAUCCAUCCUUAGUCACUGAGGACUUCUGUUUUACUAUGGAACUCCAAAUACAAAGUCAUUGAGAGAAGGAGUUAACGAAAGAGGAAGAAUGAAGAAAGGAUAACAAAGAAGAAGAGGUAUGGAGGACAACACAAGUCCAGAGGAUACGAAUAAGACUGAGGCCUGGAACAAAUCAAAACAUUUCUACUACUGCACCUGUGACUUCUGCUCCCCAGGAAGUGGCUCAUCAAAAACCCAUCCAUAUUCAAGAGCUGGAAAGAAGGAAGUGCCAAGCAGGCCAGCCACAUGCCUAUGGGAAGACCUUAACCACAACCCAACACCCUCCUGCUCCUGUUUCCCAGUAAUUCACAUGCAGACACAUGCUGCCUCUGUACUAGAGGUUGCUGUGAUAUUCUGAGAAAACAUUUGCAUGGCCAUGCUUCCCAGCUAACCCAGGGAUGAAAAGAAAAACAGAACAAUAUUCAUGGCAGCCAGUACUGCAGAGCAAAGUUUCUCCAUGUGACAGAUUCAAGCAUGCCAGCUGUAUCUGUAAGGGCUUCCUUUAUGUUUAUGGUGGCAGGCAAAAUACAAGCUUGAAUGACUUCUGGAGGUACAAAAUAGAGAGCAAUGAAUGGGAAAGGUUGGAUGAUUCGGAAGAUGGCCCAGAAGAACUGGAAGAGCAUUCAAUGGUGGAAUAUCAGGGUGUUCUCUAUAUUUUUGGUGGAAUGGUAGACUCUGCUUUCACACAGAAGAAGAAUCCUCUCUGGAUGUAUGACACUGAUACAACCAAGUGGAUGAAGUGCCAGCUCACAGCAGUGGAGGGUGAGGGAACAGCCCCUGUUAAUCGGAAGGGCCACAGUGCCGUUGUCUACAAGGGCAGUAUGUACAUGUAUGGUGGAUACGUUGACAUUAAGGGUACUUCCCAAGAAUUCUGGACUUUAUGUUUUAAUACAAAGCAGUGGGUCCUUAUACCAGCACCAUCUUGUGGCAGCAGUCCAGGCCCUCGGCAUGGCCACUCAGCUGCUGUUUAUGGCAAUGGCAUGUACUUGUUUGGAGGGCUGAUGGGAUUGAGUGAACAAAAGGACUUCUGGAAGUGGGAUUUCAUGGCAUCCAACUGGUCUUGUAUCAGACGGAGGCAGGGACCUCCCAAAAUGGUGGGACACUCUGCCUUAAUCUUUGAAGAUUCCAUGCUGGUUUUUGGUGGAGGAGUAUUUCAUACCACGCCAAGCAAUACUCUGUGGAAAUACCAUUUUCCUUCUCAAAUAUGGAUAAAACUGGCCAGCCUGACAGACCUUUCAUCCAAAUCUUAUCACUGCACUGUGGGAAUUGGCUUUGGGUUUUUGGGCACUGCCGAUUCUCCAAGGACAUCACUCAGCUACUUGCAUCCAAAGGAGAAGGGCUGCUCAAAACUACUAGCUAUCUCUAAGCAGCAUGCCUGUUUCUGUGAGUAUAAUCAUCAUCAAGAGCCUAGUUAUCAAACAUUCAGCAAUGAGGAUGGUAGUGAAUUAGAAAUGAAAACUUUUUGCCAUUCUCAGCAGCAGCCACGAUUCUGCUUAUUUCAUACCACUUCCAAUGAAGAGCUGAGUGCCAAGCAGGCACCAGGUAUAUUGUCCAGACAAGGGAGAAUCCCAUAUCUCAGCCUUUCAAGGGAACAAGAGUUUGCCACCACUGACUUGACAGAGAGAGAAGAAAGCUUCAGGUGUUCACAGCCUGGCAGUGUGGAUAUUAGGGAGCCCUCUGCUGUAUUGCUUCUGGGAGGUAAACCUUUGUCCAGUUCCUCUGCAAUUUCAUUUUGGCAAAUGGAGCUGUAAAGCACUUAAAUGGCAUGUGUGCACAACCCAAGAGGGGGAGAACAGAAGCAUAUCAGGUCUUGGUAAACUCAGCAACCAGGAAACACCAUUUGCACUCUAGUUGUUUACACAUCUUGUCAAGAAAUCCUGGUAUCAAUUUCUUCAUUAAUGGAAUGUAUUUGUGAGUGACAAUUCUGUACUUCCUGCAGUCUCUCACUACAGAAAGACAUUGUCCAGCUGCUCUCAGUGAGCCAGUUUGGGUCUGCAAACUCAGAUGAAGCAGCACAAGUGUUGAAUGCAGAAUUCUCCACUGAACAUGCUGAAUGUUACUGCAUUUAAUGUCUGUAUUUUGUCAUUUAUACAGUACUUUCAGAAUGUUCAAAGCCCUUUUCAAGUUAUCUCUGCAUGCCAGCCUUACAAGAACCCUGUAAGGUGGGUCAGUAUUAUCCCCAUGUUGUAAAAGGUUAGUGAUACAAAGGGUAGCAGCUUGCCCAAAGACUUUGAGUUUACUUAAAGUGGAGGAUAUCCUGCUUGAAAGUUCCAGUUUCUUUGCUAAUAGGGCACACUGCUACUAUCCCGACAUAUAAAUCAGGGUGGACUUCACCCUGAAGUCACUGAUGUGACUUACAUGUGAAGUUCAAGUUCCACCUCCAAGUAAUUUUAGACUCCUAGAAAUAGAUUUGACAGGACUAUUCCAAGAUAAGUGAAUAGUUCUUAAAAUUCAUAAAGCAAAACUGACCACUUACUGAGAAGGCUUCUUCUUUCUGAUAGUAUCACAAAGGCCAGAUGGUAUAGUCAGGGGCAGAUUAAGUCAUGCUGAGGCCCUAAAUUAUGUCAAGAGAAUCCAUCAAAUUACCGCUCCCCUCAAAAAAUUUAAUAGUUACAUAAAACUUGAAAUGUUUUACUUUGUACAUUAGACCUGCAGAAUACAUUAGAUCCCAAACUGUAUGUUUUUUAAAGUUUAUACAGUCAUCCCACUGGAUUCACAGGGAUCUAUUCCACGAAUCAGAAAAAACGCAAAUACUCAAGUCUCUAUUUUCUUCAGUCACUUUGAAAAAGCAGACGAACUAAUCACAGCUCCUGCAGUCUCUAUGAACAUUCUAAAUUUUGGGCAAAGAAAAAGAUUAAGUCUGCAUUUUGUAUCCUGUAUGCAGCUAUGCAUAACAAAACAUUUAGGGAGUGGGGGGGGGGGAGGAGAAAGGAUGGUAAAGCUGCAUUCCCUGUGCAUAUUUUGAAGACUCACUUUGUGAUUAAAUACUUAAGACACAUACAGCCUUAGUUUCCCCUUAUUUGCAAGAAGGGAAACCUCACAGUACAAACCAAAGAUCUCUCCUUCUCCCUCUCCUCUACCAGCCCAUAGCUAAUCAUGUCUGCUAUGCUGCACAAUAAUAAUAAUAAUAAUAAUAAUAAUAGGAUUUAUUUAUAUACCGCCCAAUCACUGGGAAUCCAAGCGGUUUACAAAAUGUAACACUACUCAUCCUUAUCACUAGUUAUGUUUCACACAGAGAUGCCUAUUUUCAGAGUCGGGGUUUCUGUAGAGGAAAGCCAUAGAUGUGCCUCGUUUUGUCAACAAAAAAUGGAAUGUUCAUGGCACAUCCAGCUGAAGUACUGGAGUAGAAACAAGACCUACAGUGAUACCCUCCAUGUGGCGGGCUCAAAAUGUGCAGGAAAGCAUAAUAUUAUGGCCUUAUGUAGUGAAUCCCAAAUUCCACAAAGCCAUGAUAACCUUUAUAUGGCUAGCUAAAAAGGCACAAAAUAUAUUAUGUAAGCUUCUGAAGAUUCAUUGGCGUCAUCAUCAUGUAAAGAUGUUUAAAAAAUCAUACAGAAGAAAAAUGAUGAUGUCAGGAUCAUAAACUCUAACCUCUAAUCUUUGUCUUGUAUAUUACUUCUAUUAGUUAUUUUUUUUAAGAUGAUCUAGACAGGAUAUCAGUGUAGGCAGAGGCCAUUCCUCCUCUUGGCCAUGUGAGGACCAGGACAAAGGGCAAAAAACAACAGGGAAUAGCGCAUGAGGCGUUUUACAGUUUUUAGUUGUAUCGCUGUAUCACUAUUUUGUAGAUUUGAGAUUUUGUUGUAUUUUAUAGCAUGGCUAACCCUAAAUAUGUUAUGCUCUUAGUGGACUUUCAGUUUCUAAAGCAGUGGAAUGUAAUGCUGGCCAACAACAAAAGGUGUUUUUUCUGGUAUGAUAGACCUGCAGUCACUCCCAUCAAUGAACUUUGAAGGGUUCAGCGUGAAGAGUUUAGUGUUUUUGUCAGGUGGAAAAUAAUCCCUUGCCCUUUCCUGACAUUUGGCAGAGAACAAGUUGGCAAAUCAACAGUAGUUGGAAAAGUCUUUUCUUCAGUGCCUAUCAGUUUCACAAAUCCUAAACUGCUCUACUUUAGUCUGUAGAGCAGUGACAACUUUAGCUGUAUUGACACUUUCAUGAACAGCCUUGUAUUUAUAUAUAUUUAAGCAUAUUAAACCCUUUAAAAACAA